GCAGGGACCGGAAGUUCUGUACAGAACACUGCUUACGGAUCACUCCGCCAGAGAAAGAGCUAGCUGUUCCUUCACGGGUUCAAUUGUCUUCAGAAACUCUUUAAAUACACACUUUACGGCUUCGAUCCGCCGCGGUAUUUCCCUCCAUAACGUCCACGUCCUAACAUCGUAUGUCCGCUAUCCAGAAUCUCACAUCCUUUGAUCCCUUUGCUGAUGCAACCAAGGGGGACGAUCUAGUCCCUUCAGGGACCGAGGACAAGAUCCACAUCCGGAUCCAACAGCGCAACGGACGCAAGACCCUGACCACGGUGCAAGGGAUCGGGAUCGACUACGACAAGAAGAAGCUGGUGAAGGCCUUCAAGAAGAAGUUCGCCUGUAAUGGGACGGUGAUUGAGCACCCAGAGUACGGCGAGGUCAUCCAGCUGCAGGGAGACCAGAGGAAGAACAUCUGCACCUUCCUGAUGGAGAUCGGAAUCGUGCGCGAGGACCAGCUGAAGGUACACGGCUUCUGAGGAGAUGCUGGCUCGGCCGCAGCCAAGGAGCGGCGUCUCCUACCCCCCUUUGUACCCCCCAUGAUCCCCCCAACCUCCAUUAGCCACAUGUCUCGUGUAACAUUCUAAGAAGCAAUAAAGUUUUUAACAUGCACAACGUCUCCAGACCUUUGUCACUCGCU